AGCUGCAGGUGACAGUGAAAGAGGGACAAGAGGAGGAGGGGUUUGUAGCCUUAGAGAGGAGGGUGCAACACUUUCAGGAUCCUUGGUGCAUAGUAGCUAGGAGGGGCAGGGAAAGUAACAGCCACUGCAGGUGGAGAGGGAGGAGUGGAAAAGUGUGGGGGAGGAAGGACUGUUCCCUGCCAGGCAUAGCGGGAAGUUGGGGGUGGGGAAUAGAGGCAGAAGAAGUGAGCAAAGCUGGAGGAGGCAGGGAGCAUGGAUUCCUAGCUGCGCCAGGUACAGGUUCAGCCAGAGCCAGGUGGCCCGCCGGAAGCCUCAGGGUGACCUCUGGGUGAGGGAUCCAGGCAGAAGAAGCAGGUGCCAUGGCCUGGAGCUGGUGGCUGCAGCAGGUGCUGCUCCUCACCUGGCUGCCUGCAGGCUGCCUUUCCCUGCUGGUCACAGUACAGGAUAAGGAGCGUUACACCACGCUCUUUGCAUCUGUGAUCCUCCAGUGUGACUACAGCACCUCAGCGCAGCUACAGGAUGUCAUAGUGACUUGGCGCUUCAAAUCCUUCUGCAAGGAUCCCAUCUUUGAUUACUACUCUGCUUCCUACCAGGCUGGUUUAGCUCUUGGCCAGGACCCAUCAGAUGACUGCAAUGAUAGUCAGCGGGAGGGCCGCAACAUCAUUCAGAAACGCGGACAGAACGAGCCUGUGCUUGGCACAGAUUACAGACAGCGCAAGAUCACCAUUCAGAACCGAGCAGAUCUUGUGAUUAAUGAAGUAAUGUGGUGGGACCAUGGAAUGUACUACUGUAUUGUUGAGGCUCCAGGAGACACAUCUGGUGACCCUGACAAAGAGGUUAAGCUAAUUGUUUUACAUUGGCUAACCGUGAUCUUCAUCGUUCUUGGUGGUCUCCUCUUGCUCUUGCUGAUUGGGGUGUGCUGUUGCCAGUGUUGUCCCCAAUACUGCUGCUGCCAUAUCCAGUGUCCCUGCUGCCCAACUCAGUGCUGCUGCAAUGAAGAAGUUUUGGCACGACACCGGUUCCUGAAGCAGACUCGUUCCCUUGUGCCAUGGAUGUCACAAUCUCCAUUCUACAUGGGAGGUGACAAGAACUCCAAACUCUCUACCUACCAGCUAAACCCACUGCUGCAACGAGAUGUCUCUCUGCAGAGCAGCCUCCCCAUGGUGCCAUCACAGGGGCAGUUGCCUCCCAGCAACAGGGUCUUGGACUAUCUGGAAUCUGAGAUCCAAAAAUUCAACCCCUCCCAACCCUUGCCACCCUCCCAAAAAAUUGGGGCUGGCCAGCAUUCCAGCAUCCUUUCCUCCCUGAACUCGGAGAUCGUGGAGCGUAGAGUAAUCCAUCUGCCUCCCAUCAUCGAGUGUGCCCCUUCCUCACAGAGGACCAGCAGCUCGUCACGCCUGCAGCGACCUGCCCGGACCGCAGGAUCCUGGGACUCUGCAACAGAAGAUGAGAGGGAAAACAGGAGGCGACACCAGUCUCAGGAUGGAGAUUCCUACUCCAGCUAUGAGCAGGGGUCCUGGGACAGGUGGCGAGACCAGCAUCCUCGAAGGCAGAGGGAUGCCAGCUACAAUAGCAGGCGCCAGAGCUCCCGAUGGGACACGUCACCUACAAGACAGCCAGAAAGGGGUAGGAAUGGUGGCAACUUCAACUCCUAUUCUGGGGAGGGAGAAACCAGGGGGCACUCAGGGCGCCACUAUGACUCAAGGCCCCAGGCCUCGGGGAGACGAGACCAUCAGCGCCCUACCAGACGGAGCAACAAUUCAGAGAACUGGAAGCGGCGGCGGCCUCGCAGCUACUCUCCGCCCUCAGGGAGAGAGUCAUGGAGCUCUAUGGAUGAGCGGGAGCAUUCCCCAGCGACCCGCAGGCCACGCCACCACCGUUCCCCAAACUGGCCCGAAGACAAACCUCCCAGUUACCGCUCACUGGAGAUCAUCCCGACCAAGAGUGGCAAGCCCAGAAACAGCACAGGGCAGCAAUCGGAUCGAGGAAGCUCCCGCAGUGGAAGAAGCGUUGUCAUCUAAUGCGUGCUGUGCUGAAAGGGCCAAGAUUCCUUAUGGUUCUGCUUUGCCGGGGUCCCUCUCUGCCUUUCCUGCGCAUACAUUGAUAUGACUGCUUCUGAUUGUUGCAGGUCUCCUGCUCAGGAGGAUAAAGCAGGUCCCCACUGCAUUUGUGACUGAGGAAAUCUGUGCCUAAGGGCCACAAGAUGCCUGGCUCGUAAUACCAUCUAAAUGCCUUGAUACCUGUUCCCUACCCAAGGAAUUUAAGUAGUUAACAGGCCAUGGUUUGAAAGCAUUCCUUUUGAAGGGAAGACAUUUUUUUUCUGUGUUCAGCACCACAAAAGCAUGUUUCUCUGCUUUGAGCCUGCCUUUUUAUCUGGUUGGGUGUCCUGGAACUAAGAAGGAAGUCCUUGGAACACUCCUCCUUUGCAAACUGCUCACCCAGUUAAUACUCAGGCAGAACCCAUAGGGUGACAGGACAGUGUCUUAUUUCUUUGAUUCAGGAUGCCAGCAAGUAUGGUGUGUGUGUGUGUGUGUGAGUGUAAGAUUCACCAGCAAACAUCUGAUUGUACACUGUGCUAAUGAAGUAGUUUCCUGUUUGCCCCUUAAUGGACUCAAGUAAACUUGUUUCUGUGAGGUAAUGGAAACAUCAAAAUGCCUUACUGCAUCUGGCGAUAGCUGCACAUACCCAGAUUGCUCUCAGCAACUUCUGUGCUUGAUGAACAUUACUAGCUGGUUCGGUUUGUAUUGACAAGUCCAUCUGCCCCAGCACAAAGACCUUCAUAAGGAGCUUGAGGUGCUCUAUCCUGCCCAUUGACCUGGACUUCAGUACUAUUAACUUGGGAGCAUGUUGAUCUACCAAGGUUCAGGUAUUGCAGGCUGCUGUUUUAUUCUCGGGGCCUAAGAUGGUGGGCAGCUACUAUCCUAGGUACUGUG